AUGAUUUCUGGAGAGGUGACCAUUAUAGUUUGCCUCAUUCAUUCAUUUGAGCAUUAUAAUUACAAACCUGUAGUAUAUCAUGGAAUUAAUUUGGACCAAACUGUAGAGAAAUUUAUAGUAUUUCUUUUUUUUAAUAAAAAAAAACAAGAGGUCUCUUUAAGGGCCAGCCUGACACCACCAUUCAUUAAUUAUACAUAUGACGAACUGAAGGUAAUUCAUCAAGCUCAUAAAUCAAACGCAAAUAAACUUGUGUUGAAUUUGGAAACUGGCAGACCCCUGGUAAAAGAAGGUAGCAUUCUGGAAGCUGCUAGAAUCAGCAAUGAAACUGAAAUUGCAUCCUUCCAUGAAGAGGAUUAUGAGAACUGCAAAGCUAAUCCCAUUUCAUCCUAG